CUGGGAACGCCAUCAACCAUCCCGAGAACAUUGGACCCGACAGCCAUACUCCCGGAUCUCCACUGCCCCGUGCCAUCUUCGUGAAUUCCGUCGGCUACCUCCCAGACGGCACGCCGCUCAACCGUGCUGGCAACGCCAUCAACCAUCCGGAGACGAUCCAGCCGGACACACACACUCCUGGUUCGCCUUUGCCCGCAUCCAUCUAUGCGGCCGACGUGGGCUACCUUGUUGACGGAACGCCCAUGGACCGUGCGGGCAACCUUUCUGUCCAGUGA